GCCGGCACAGGAGAGGGAUUUUUCGGCCGCAGAUUCCCGAGCGGACCCGUGGACACUCAGCAACUCUUUGUUUUUUUCCUCACGAUGUCCUUAAAAAACAAACAGUGACCCGGUUUGAGUCAAUGUUGCUGCGGCUGGUGCGCUCUGCACACGUGUGGGUCAUGCUCUGCACCUGACAGCCCCUUCUUUCCGCCAGACUUUUGAGUUUAGACUUGAGCAGGAGGAAAACUUAGCGUCGCCCCAAGAAGUUGACCACUGCUGCAGCCCGCGGACUCUUCGCACACGGACUGUUUUUCACCAAAUUACAAAUCCUUGUUUUUUUUUUUACCCUUUUAAAGCUGCAUCACCGAGGCGAAACGGCGACCUCAGUCGAUUACCUUUCUUUCCUUUGCUAUCCCAUGGAUAUUCACUGCAAAGCAGACCCCUUCUCGGCGAUGCACCGGCACGGCGGUGUGAACCAGCUCGGCGGGGUGUUUGUGAACGGCAGACCCCUCCCGGACGUGGUGAGGCAGCGGAUCGUGGAGCUGGCCCACCAGGGCGUCCGGCCCUGCGACAUCUCCAGACAGCUACGGGUCAGUCACGGCUGUGUCAGCAAAAUCCUCGGCAGGUACUAUGAAACCGGCAGUAUUAAACCUGGAGUCAUUGGUGGCUCCAAACCAAAGGUUGCAACUCCGAAAGUGGUGGAUAAAAUCGCUGACUAUAAGCGCCAGAAUCCAACAAUGUUCGCUUGGGAGAUAAGGGACCGACUACUGGCUGAGGGCGUCUGCGACAACGACACCGUCCCCAGCGUUUCAUCCAUCAACAGGAUUAUCCGCACCAAAGUCCAGCAGCAAUUCCACCCGUCCCCUGACGGAUCUGUUACGCCACUCUCCACACCCGGCCACACCAUAGUGCCCAGCACCGCCUCACCCCCUGUGACCAGCGCCUCCAACGAUCCCGUAGGAUCCUACUCCAUCAAUGGCAUUCUGGGUAUCCCCCGCUCCAACGGCGAGAAGAGGAAACGAGACGAUGUUCUCUGGAGUGGCAACCACUUGGAUGGAAGGAAAAUAGGACAUUAUGGCUCUGAUGGCUCAGGCCCGGGCAGCGACUCUCAGGGCAGUGUGGAGAGUUUAAGGAAGCACCUGCGAGCGGACGCCUUCACCCAGCAGCAGCUGGAGGCCUUGGACCGUGUGUUUGAACGUCCUUCUUACCCUGAUGUCUUCCCCACUUCAGAACACAUCAAACCUGAACAGGCGAAUGAGUACUCCCUCCCAUCCCUGAACGCUGGCCUAGAUGACGUGAAGCCGAGCCUUUCCACCAGCGCCAGCUCCGACCUCGCCUCCAGCGUCUCCCAGAGCUACUCUGUUGUGACAGACGUGGUAUCAGUGUUGGAGCAGAGACAGAUGUUGGAGAACUCUAUAGCGUCUCUGCGCUCUCAGUGUUUGCUGGGGGUGAAGAGUCCCCAAGGACCCUGA